AUGGCCCCACCACUGGCCAAAGCUGAGCCCAUCUGUGACCCUGGUGGUGCCUCUGUGAUAACGUAUUUUAAAAAGGGCAGCGUCCCUUCCCUGGCUGCUGGUCUCCUCUUUGGCGGCUUAGCAGGACUAGGCGCUUACCAGCAGUCCAAAGAUCCCAGGAACGUGUGGCUUUCCCUCGUGGCAUCUGGAACCUUGUCUGCUGUUAUGGGGAUGAGAUUUUACAACUCUAGAAAAGCAAUGCCUGGGAUAGUUGCUGGUGCCAGUUUACUGAUGGUUGGACGGCUUGGAUUGCAGAUGAUGGAAAAGCCUCUUAAGCCAUAA